GGGAAGAGUAAGACAAGCAGGACUCUGACAGAAAAUGUCUCCGCUAGCAAAGUCGCUGACAAUGUCAGGAAGGAGGAUAGCUGCAGCGUGGAUACGGCAUCACUCUGUUACAAGUGCGUUCAACGUUUAAUUACUCAUUUUAAGUGCAUAUGGGUUUAAAUGUUUUGUAUUGGUGUUGUGACAUGAGAGACACAUGAUAGGGUCACUAGCAGUCAACAAGCUAGUUAGCGUUAGACAAGGAGACAACUUGGUACACGGAGUUAGAACUGUUGUAUGUUAGUGGACGAGUUAACUUUUAUUGAUUUAGGAAGUUUUACUGAGUUGCAGGUUUGUGUACAAAUGAAUUCAAGAGUCGCGUGAAUGUGACGUCACCAACGGCAACUUGGCCAUCUUCGGAGGCGAACGCAACCCACAGCUAGGAGAGUAGCAUAUGUUUUCACUCAACACUUUUUUAAAUGAUGGUCAGUGGGCGGUGUUGUGUCCUUGGCUGUAAGAGUCGACCCCACGACAAACGGCAACAAGAGAAGAUGGACCAUGGGAUCAGGUUUUAUUCGUUUCCCACAUGGAAACUACGAGGCAGACUAUGUAGCCAACAUCACCAAGAGACGCCAGAUGGCAUGGGUGGCAGCUGUGAGAAAGAGAGACCUCACCUUUGACAACAUACCCAUGUCGGCCAAGGUCUGCUCUCUGCAUUUCCAUACAGCUGAUCUCAUUGAAAACAUGGAUAAGAAAGCAACCUGGGACCGCUUCUAUGCUGAGAACAGAAACAGGACAACCACCUUCAAAAACUUUGAGUGGUUCUUCGGAUUCGAUGCCAUCCGGGACUUCAUCAUGCCAUCCUUGCAGACCAAGUCCCACGGAGACGCUCUGCUCCACGUCCUGGAUAUGGGCUGUGGCACUUCCGCUAUAGGGCCCUGUAUUUACAGACACUCCCAUCUCCCGGUACGGGUCACGUGUGCGGACAUCUCUCCCAUAGCUGUGAGACAGAUGCUGGAACACAUCCAAGCCAAUACCAUCCAACCUCACAAUGCUUCCUCUCAGCUUGAGUUUGUAGAGCUGGACUGCACGGAGCUUCAGACACACUAUGUCUGUAGAAGUGUGGACCUUAUAGUGGAUAAGGGCACCACAGACGCCUUGCUGAGGUCCAAGGAGGGCAAAGGGAAGGCUGGUCUGGUGCUGAAGCAGUGUUUGAAGGUGUUGCGUAGCUCAGGAUCGCUGCUCCAGUUCUCCGAUGAAGACCCUGAUGCCAGGCUCCUGUGGCUGGAGACUGAGGCCCAGGAGGCGGGGGUGAUGUCAUCAGAUGUUAGUGUGCAGGAGGUGGGGGAGCUCAGGGGAAUGACUUACUACUGCUACCAGGUGACUCCUCGUCCUAUUGUAUAGCAGCUUUAUACAAUAAAUACAUGGAGGGCCAUAAUAUUGUAUAAGUAAGUUAUUAAACACAAUUUUCAAAGAAGG